AUGUGUGAGAAUUACGGGGCCUAUCACAAAAUUGUCGAAGAAGCCUUGUUUCUUUCUUUAAAAGAUUACGAAAUGGCUCUCUAUCAAGUGACUGUCCUCCUAGUCCUCAAUCUCGGGGGAAGGAGAAUCAUUAAUCUACAACAUGAUACAGUUGCCCAUGCCUUCAGAGUGAGGAACACAUUGAUAUUCAAUGUGUUUGUCUUCUGUCAGUCAAGUGCCCAUGCCUUGGCUUCCACACUGGAUGGAGAAGUAGUGGCAUUUCAUCUCUCACGUCGCGAGCUCAUACGCGGCACCAUCAACGAGCUUUCAGAACUCCUAACUCACACAUCACGCCGUGGAGCACGUCGCGCCGCGGCAAGUCAACUACCUCACGCCGCUGCUACACACGCGGAGCCCUUAACGGGCCUUCAGAGGGACCUUUUCAGUCGCCAUGCCGAAGAUUCCCGCGCCGCGACACUUUCAGUCUCCCACGCCGCGAGCCAUCCCGCGGCACCUCUCACGGAUGGACAGAGUACUCAGACUUCUCUAGGAGUCACGCUGCGGCGAGCAUCGCGCCGCGGCACUUCAACCUCUUCACGCCGUGUUAGAGACUGCGACACACUUCACGCUGCCACAUCAUCACGCGGCACCGCGGCGCCGGGUCUUUUAAAAUUUCGAAAUGUUAUUCGCUAUUAA